UCUCCAGUCGCCUGCAAAAUGUUCCAUCUCUAACACUAGACAUUUGUAAAUUACAAGCAAUAUUUUUUUUUCUAAUGAAUUAAAGUGCAUUGUACACGAAAUGGACAUCUGUCGCCUGUGCUUGAGGGGAGUACGUGGGUCCCAGAUGUGCCUACAGAUCUUUGAUCCCAGUUGUGUGGACAACAAAGUGGCUGAAGUUCUACGCCAGCAUUUUUGGUUUGAGGUUCAGCCAAACGAUGAAAUCUCGAAGGUAAUCUGUAAUGUCUGCUGGACUCAGGUGUCGGAAUUUCACCAAUUCUACGUUUCCAUACAAGAGGCUCAGGUUAUUUAUGCCACAACUUCCAAAUUCAAGGAGGACCCAGAAAUGGUCAGUGCCAAUUGGCCAGAGGAGGUAAUGAUGCCAGCGGAUGUUUUGGCUGUGGACAAUGAUAUCAACAUAAAUGUGAAUCCUUUGGACGAAUUGGAUGUGAAGCCGGCUCCAGCAAAACAAGAAGAGCACCGAAUGGAUAUUAAGAAAGAGAGGGAUUCCCCAGAUAUUGAAAGUAUGGUCGACGGCGAUAAUAACGAUGAUGCCGAUGAUGAUGAUGAUAAUGAUAACGAUGAUGAUGUCGAGGAUGAGGAAGAAAGUGAAGACGAUGAUGAUAUAGAUUUAAUUAUCACCCGAAGUGGACGCAAAAGGAAGCGGGAACCCGUAAAAACUCAAUCGAAAAGACCGCUUCUCAAACAAAAGGAUGCGUCCAAAGGCAAAACAAAAAGUCAAAAACGUGAGCCCGGAAGGAGAACCUUUAAAACUCUGCAAAGGUGGCCACCAUUCUGCAAAGAGGACGAGGAGCUUAUUAAGCGGUAUAUUGUAAUGGGUUGCGAGCUAUGCAUAUUUUUGGCCCAAGAUUUUGAUGGCAUCCGCGAACAUUUCAAAGAGAAACAUCCGGAUGAGCGGCCCUACAUAAAAUGCUGCGGUCGAAAGCUAAAUAAACGUUGCCUGAUCCAGGAGCAUGCCCGCCGUCAUGAGAACCCCGAGUAUAUCAAGUGCAAGGACUGUGGCAAGGUGUUUGCUAAUUCAAGUGUAUUACGUGCUCAUUGGCUGGUCCAUCAUGUUCCCGAUGAGGAGUGUGAUUUCCAGUGCGAGGAUUGUGGCAAGCGUUUCUCACGACGCAACCUUCUGGAGCUGCACAAGGGCUCUCAUGUGCCCGCGAAUGAACGAAAGUUUAUUUGUCCAGAAUGUCCCAAACAUAAUGCCUUUGCGACCGAGUAUCAUAUGCAGGUCCACAUAAGCAUGCAGCAUCGGAAAGCGGCCAAUGUCUGUCAUGUUUGUGGUAAAAAGAUUAAGGAUAAAGCUGUCUUUGAGAAGCACGUUCGACUGCAUUUUGAGGAAAGUGGACCACGUAUAAAAUGCCCCCGUCCCGAUUGUGAGAGUUGGCUAAAAGAUGAGGAUAAUCUCAAGCAACAUUUGCGGCGUCACAAUGACGAAGGCAAACUCUUCAUUUGCUCUGAGUGCGGCAAGAGUUGCAAGAACUCUCGGGCUCUAAUCGGACACAAACGCUACUCCCACUCAAAUGUCAUAUAUACCUGCGAACAGUGCGGCAAGACUUUCAAGAAGGACAUUAGUCUUAAAGAACACAUGGCCCAGCAUACGGGCGAACCACUGUACAAAUGUCCUUUCUGUCCACGCACAUUUAACUCAAAUGCGAAUAUGCAUUCGCAUAAGAAGAAAAUGCAUCCAGUUGAGUGGGAUAUAUGGCGGAAAACAAAAACGGGAAGUUCGCAAAAAAUACUCCCUAGCGCCCAGGUGGCUCAAAUGUUCCGAGAAGAUGCCUCCGGCCCCGCCGAAUCAACCGACCCUGCCAUUGUCAAUGACUACACAGCAUAGAAAUUUUAAAUUCCACAUCACUACAUUUUAGUUUCGCUUUAUGUUUUAUUUUUAAAAUAAAAUUAACAAAUGAA